AUGUCUUCAAAAAGAGGAAAACAAAAGGAAACGGUGGAAGAAGAUUUUGAGGCUUUUGUACGCCAUCAGUUGAAUUCAAUAAGUGACGACCUGAAAGAAAUGAAAGGAACUCAAGUCAAGAUUCAAAGAGACAUUGAAUAUCUUCAGAGUCAAAUCAAGAAAAAUGAAAGCUCGAUUUCAAAACUGAAAGAAUCUUUGGAUACAAAGCUGGAGGUAUUAACAGGACAACUGCAUGAAGCUAACACAAGAAUCGACCAAAUCGAGGACGAUAUCACCAAGUAUGCAAAAGAGAUCGAUGACACCUAGGAGAGAUUGUUGUCCCUGGAGAGAUAUUCUAGAGACUACAAUUUUACAAUAUCCCAGAAUCAACAGGCAAAGCUCCGUGAUAUCAUAGAAAAUGAUCUCCAAUUGCAAUCAAACAUCAAAAACGCCCACAGGAUCGGGCCCUUCAAGAAUGAUGGCACUCCCAAACCAAUUUUGGCUAAGUUUUUGUACCGUCUGGAACGGUUUAAAGUUAUCAAAAAGAAGAGGGAUCUACGUGAUGGGGUAUCUGGUGUUUUCGCUAACGAGUGAUUUCGCCAACGUCACGUUCGCCAACGUCUUAGGUCGCUUCGCCAAAGCGAAAAGUCACUUCGCCAACGUCCUACUGGUCACUUCGCCAAUGUAUUAGUUUGCUCUAAAUAAAAAUUUACCAUUUCUUCUUCUUGCUUCUGUGUGUUAUUUACUUGACUGAGCUGACUUGAUUUCCCCGUUCGAACUUAGUUUCCUUCCGUUAUUUUGUUCGGACUUAGUUUCCUUCUCUUGUACGCGCAACUUAAAACACAGUGGGCCCACAUAAAUGCACGGCACGCCACGCGUGAUAGAACCUUCCAAGCAGGGAAGAGCGCCCAUUACAUGCAUUAAUAUGCAAAUUGUUUGGAAGUCAGCCAAGCGAAACUAGCAUUAACUUAAAAAUGUUCUGACCCAAGUAUCAGCAUUACAUCCGAAGCAUCAGUAAGCACCCUUUUUACUAAGUUAUUACUAGAUAUUUGGCGUUGGCGAAGUGACCAAAGACGUUGGCGAACGUGACGUUGGCGAAAUCACCGCAAUUCGCGUGAUGGUGUGCGCGUUUCGGACGAUUUGAUAUGGGACCGUCAAAAGAAGAAAUAAUUGAGGUCUGUUAUGAAAGAAGCAUUUGAAGCUGGGAAAAGACCAAGAUUUCAUAAUGGCAAGCUUUAUAUCGACGGUGAGCUACAUCAGGCUUGAGAUGUUUGAACAGUAUACACAUUUGUUUAUGUGUAAGUCCCAUCUUAAUGCCUACAUAGCUUUAUAAUUAACAUUUAUCUUAAUUGUUUAUUUAAAUUUUGCCAAGCUAAAAUAUUAUGCAAAUGUCCCAAGAGUCCUCUGACCCUGAUUUAAAUUUACAAUUGCUAAAUGAUCAUGGGAUUUACGCAAUCGAAGAAAUUAAUGAGUUGUCUCGUACUGUCAAACCUCAAUACUCUGUUAUUCACUUAAAUACAAGAAGCUUAAAACAACAUUUCGAACAAACGUGCAAUCUUCUGGAUUCGAUUUCAUGCAAGUUUGAUUUUAUCGAUUGCUCCGAGACAUGGUUCACCUCUGAAACUGAUUGUACCUGUUUUCAAAUCCCAGGUUACACUUUACGCAAUGAAAAUCGUACCUUCUCGACAAGUGGCGGUGUUGCUUUGUAC